GCCAAUGAGGAGUGACCAACAGGAAAAAUACAGACUUCAGCGGGGUAGUCUUGGCUUUAAGUUCACUUCACAUAAUCAAAUAUGUUCUUAAUAUCUUAGUUAGUUCCCCUCUUUCGUGCUUACAGAGUACACUGUACAUUGCCUAUGAUCACAUUUUCAUAUUGUGCAUCAAUUAUAAUUCUCCCUCUCUAGACCAUAAGGUCUAAGAAGAGAAAGAUUAUGUGUCUUUUUCCACUGUCUAUACCUCCAGUAUCAAGCAUGGUGCCUGGCAAAUGGUAAAUGCUGAAUAAUUAUUUGCUGAAUAAAUCUUGGAUGAACUCAACAAAUUCCAAACAUAGUUCUAGGUGCUCCAGGGGGCAGACAGGUAUAUAAGACUCAGCCCUUGUCUUCAAGGAGUUUCUAGCCUAAUUGUGGUGGAGUGGGGAGAAGAGGAAAACAGACGCAUAAAUAAGACACUGAUACAAAUUACUAGCCAAAAAGCAGAAGUAAGUGCUUUAAGAGAGGUAUAAAUGAGGAUUUUAAAAAGGGAUGAACAUAACAGUGUUGAGUUAACCACAAAAGUUUUCAUGAAGAACAGGAAAUUUGAGAAAUGUCUUUACAAAUAGGUAAGACUGAUAGGCAAAGAAGGUAUUUCAGGCUGAGGUAGCAGAAUGAGCAAUUGCUGUUCAUGGGGGUAGGGGGUUGGUUUGAAUAGUAUGGAGCUCAGUUUGGCUAGAAUUCUGGGCAUGUUAGGAGAGCAGUGGGAUAUAAAGCUCUAAAGGCAUGGUAUUUAAGGAAGCAAUUGAUUGCCAGACUAUGUAUUUUGUGAUUUGUUGGGCAAUAGGAAUGCUUUUUAAAGAGCUCAUUUUAGAAAAAAAAAAAAUUCUGACAGCAUUAUAUAGAAUGGAGUAGGAAAAGAUAAGGGAUAGGGAGUUAAAUUAAUAAGGUCCUGAUCUAGAGUAGAAACAAUGCAAAUUUCUUAAAAAAUAUGUUUCUGAGAAAUAAUGCAGUUGCAGAAAAUACUAAUAAUAAUGUGAGUUAUACUAACUAGUGUUUAUUGAGCACUUAUUGUGUACCAUACAUUAUGCUAAAUGAAUUACACACAGCAGCUCAACUAAUUCUCAUACUGACUCAAUAAGUUAGGUGCUAUGAUUAUUCUCAUUUUAUCAAUGAGAAAUUUAAGGAUCAGAGAGAUUUAGUGAUAUACAUAUAGGCACACAGCUAUUAACUACAAGAGCAAGAAUUUAAACCCAGGUAGUUCUAACUCCUAAACUUACAUUAUUUCCCCCAUAGUAUGCUAUCUUCUCCUUAGGAACUUUUUUGGUAGUGGAAAAUAAAGGACAAAGAGUCGAUGUUUCCAAGACUUUGGGACAACCAGGGCAAACACUGGUGAAUUUAAUAGCAAUGAAGAAGUCAGGAGCAGAAUCUGGUUUUAAGUUUUGAGACGUGAUGAUUUUUAUAUGAGCUAUACUUUCCUGUGAUUCUAAAGUGCCUUGUGGAAAUUGUGACUUAUCACCCUCGCUCACAUCAGAACUUUCCAUUAAAGCUCUGCCUUUGUUUCCCACCCUUUGGUUUUCAACUCAUAACUGAAAAAGGCCCAGAAAGCUGAUCCAUCCAAGUUAAUCAUCUCUGAAGAAUUGUGGACCCACUGAGUACUAAAGCAAACCUUUCUCCUAUGUGAGCCAGCAAAAGAAAAACAGCUUGUCAAACACCUAUAAAGAGAUGGCUAUCACCAUAUGGGAAUUUGAAGAGCUGCUAUAUGGCACAUUCAUGAUCCAAAUGGGAGAGGAUCAACUGUCCCAGAAGGCCUUUUAACUGAGUAAACAAGAAGGGAAAAUUAUAACAGCUUGUCAUUGUGCCUGCAUACUAGACUUCCAUGUAGUUACUAUAGACAAAUCCAAAGUAAGCAUGCAGACUGUUCUUUGAAAAGCCCCCAGAUCAUGUAUAGAGGCUGAGACCAAUGCAGUAAAAAGAAAGUUAUUCUAUACUCAGUCUCUCCAACCCAUCGAUGAUUACUCUUUUAGAAAGAGCAGCAGUUGACUGUAAAUUUAGGUUUUGAACCGCCAUUUAGCAAAGACAGUUUCUCUAGAAACAUGCCUGUUAAUGAUACAUGUGCUGGGUCAGUUGGAGAAAAUAGGGACUUUCGAUACUUCAUCUAUGCAGUGACAUAUACUGUCAUUCUUGUGCCAGGUCUCAUAGGGAACAUUUUAGCCUUGUGGGUAUUUUAUGGCUAUAUGAAAGAAACAAAACGGGCUGUGAUAUUUAUGAUAAACCUAGCCAUUGCUGACUUACUACAAGUUCUCUCCUUGCCACUGAGGAUCUUUUACUACUUGAAUCAUGAUUGGCCAUUUGGACCUGGCCUCUGCAUGUUUUGUUUCUACCUAAAGUAUGUCAACAUGUAUGCAAGCAUCUACUUCUUGGUCUGCAUCAGUGUGCGACGAUUUUGGUUUCUCAUGUACCCCUUUCGCUUCCAUGACUGUAAACAAAGAUAUGACCUAUAUAUCAGCAUUGCUGGCUGGCUGAUCAUUUGCCUUGCCUGUCUGCUAUUUCCUCUCCUCAGAACCAGUGAUGACACCCCUGGCAAUAGAACCAAAUGCUUUGUGGAUCUUCCUACCAGGAAUGUUAAUCUGUCCCAGUCUGUUGUCAUGAUGACUGUUGGUGAGUUGAUUGGGUUUGUCACACCUCUUCUAAUUGUCCUGUAUUGUACCUGGAAGACAGUUUUAUCACUGCAAGAUAAAUAUCCUGUGGCCCAAGACCUUGGAGAGAAAAAGAAAGCCUUGAAAAUGAUUCUAACCUGUGCGGGAGUUUUCUUAAUUUGCUUUGCACCUUAUCACUUCAGUUUUCCUUUAGAUUUCUUAGUCAAGUCCAAUGAAAUUAAAAGUUGCCUAGCCAGAAGGGUGAUUGUAAUAUUUCAUUCUGUUGCCUUGUGUCUUGCUAGUCUGAAUUCUUGCCUUGACCCAGUCAUAUACUACUUCACCACUAAUGAAUUCAGAAGACGGCUUUCAAGACAAGAUUUGCAUGAUAGCAUAAAACUCCAUGCAAAAUCAUUUGUAAGCAACCAUACAACUUCUGCCCUGAAAACUGAAUUAUGUUAAAUUAAAAAAAAAAACUGGGUGUGGAAAGAAAUGCAAGUAUACCAGAACACAUUUGCAAUACCCCAAGUCACUGGGAAGUAAUCAUGGGAAGCACUCACAGCUUUUCAGUUAUUCUCUAUCUUACCUAUAUUAGGAAUUCACAUCUUCAUAAAAGAACCUAUUUAGAGAAUUAUACUACACCAUUAUAGAUGUUGAAUUGUCUGUGUAGUAAUUUGUCACCAAGUCUUUAAGACUUAAACUAUAAAAUUUCAGUGACAUCCUAUACACAUAUGCUCUCAACUAGAGUCAGUAGUUUUUUCUGUCAACUUAAGACACUUAGUUUUGUUACAAUGGACUCUGAGUUUCUUUGUAUUUAGAGGCAAUGUAGUUAUCUAUUUAUACUAGUAAUCACAAUUGAUAUCCCAAUAUCAUAUUUUUAGUUGUCUUCAGGUAGGAUGGACAAUGUAUUAUUUUGUGAAAACAAAAUGUUAUAAACAAGGAACCAUUUUUAUCUCCUGAGUGUGAUUACACUCUUGGGUUGAAAUAGCUAUUUCUUUAAUUCAGUGUCAGUAUGAAAAAUCAUCUGUCAUAUCUAUCAAUAGAAUGAAAAUCUGAACUCAAGCCUCUGGUAUGUUUAAAGUAAGAAAAGAAACAAGUUCACAUACUCUCUAUGACUGUAUAAAAUGCCAAAAUGAAUCUACCCAGGACUUGUCAAAGUCCAUACAAUGUGACAAAAAUUUUCUCUAUAGGUUCAGGAGAAAGUAAAUAGGUGAUAAUCAUAGUUCUGGUUCUUUUAAAAUAUUUCCAAAGAACAUCUCUGGAGAUGUAUGGAUCUGCCUAGUAAUGUGAAUGUGUACCAUGCUUCUAGAGUGAUAUUGAGGUACCUCUGACAGGUUACUGCACUUUCUGAGCCUAUAAAAGAAGUAGGGCACUAAGCUUAGGCCAGAGCAAAAAGAUGAUGUUAUUUCUUACUUUAAGUUAGGCGGCAACUGUCAAGCUACAUUAACAAGCCAGAGUAGAGUUUGGAGGCAGCCAGGCAUGUGGACCCGAGUCUUCGGUAAUUUUUCUGGACCAGCUUUGCCCUAGUGAUAUCAUUCUAAGGCCGGCACAGCCUCCCUCCCAGCAGCUAGGGAAAUCAAUUCUUUCCCCUUUUGAGAAAAGUACAGAAGGUUAAUUUUGGCCACAUUGGACACCCCUUACAAUGGUUUGCCUACUACCUGUUUAGUAGUAGUAUGCAAGAAACAGAUCUAGGAUAUGAGUAGGAAUUUAACCUGAGGUCUUAAAUAUUAGAAUACUUUGAACUAGAGCAAAAAGCUUUAACUUUUUAAAAUGCUCUAAUUAAACUCUGUGUUCUAUAUAAUGAAAACACAUUUUACCUGGAAGGAAUGUGAAAAUAAACAAAGAGCUCUAUCAUAUUUGCAAGAAGAGAGUUAUUUUAGGCACACAGUUAUGAUACCAAUAUGUCUGGGGAAAAGAACUGGUGAAAUCAAAAUGAAUUUUAAUAUCUAAGAUGAACAGAACAUUUUCUAAUGUUUUCUCUAGACAAGUGUUGCUUUUGAUUAUACUGUUGUUAAAAUGAUUCUCUAUUAGAAGACUGACUUGCUGCUAGCAAUAGUGUGUGUAUUUAUCUCUUAAUUAUUCAUUGUAAGGUACAUAUUUUGAUGUUAAGUGAGUUCUAAAUGACUUAAAUUGUGUUUUAAAAAGGGUAGCUGUAACUGUGUCUGGUCUGUUUGCUCUAAAGUUAUCUGUGUUCAAAUAUAAUUUAGUGUUGUAUUGCGAUCAGAAGUAAUACUUUUGAGGGUACUUGUAGUGAAAGAGACUUGUCUAUCCUAUUUAUAUUUACUGUUUUCUAGAUUAGCAUGAAUUACACUUCUUAGGGUCAUUUCGGCAGACCAGUGAUUUAAUUUCAUUAACAUACUAAUUUUACUUUAAACAUAUCUAUUUUUUUAAAGAGGAGGGGAAAUACUUCCAGGAGAUUACUGAACUUCUUAGAGGAACUGCUGAGAUGAGAACCCAUUUAUUAGGUAGUCCAGAAGCCCUUGAAAUUCAUUUAUAUCAUUUGAGGAAGAACAGAGGGAACAAGUAUCCAAUGUUCUUAUGCUGCUUAGCUAGGACUACCCCCUCCUCUUCAGGCCUGCUCAUCUAAAUUUAUAUUCAGUGCUGUGAUUUACUUUAACAACCCUUCCUCCCCAUCAGCAUGGUUUGUCUUCUGUCCUAUUCCCUGGUUCUUGUAGUCAGUAAUCUGAUGAAUUUAUUCAAACUAAGGUACUAAUGACUAACGUUAGUUUAAGAUUAAUUUGCCCAGGGAUAUCUGAAUUCUAGGCCUUAGGAAUAAACUUUAACUCAAACUGUUCUGAUUGCAAAAUAUACACAUAAUUAUUCCAACAAGAGAUAUUUUGAAUAUGGAGUGAUUUCCACAUGAUUAAUAUUGUCAUUAUUGUUACUGUUAUUGUUGCUGUAUUCAAAUGGUUUAUAACUUUUCAUUGUCACUUAGUUAAGCAGCUAAUUCUAUUAAACUGUAAUUCCACAGAAAGGAGCCAUCUGCCUUAGGAACAACAGAUCAAAUUAACUUGGUUUGAAAGCGUGUGUAAGUGCAACUGUUGUGCAACUUCAUUUUUAUGUCAUCUUUUUUGCUUUUCCUCCCCAGACACUGUGAAAAUGUUGCACUUGGAAUGUAUUUAUGUCUGUAAUUUAUAAUAUGCAUUUUAGUAAUAAAGAUAGUCUCUGUAA